AUGACCCAAUCGAACAACGAGAUCGAUGAAAGAACAGCUCUGCUUGAACAGCAGCAUAAUUUCAGCCACUACAACACCACAUUGACGUGGUCCGAAUUGCCAAAAUGGAUGCAAGAUAAUAUCUUCAUUACAUCAGGUUAUCGAUCACCGAAUAAUAGCUAUCGUCGUUGUUUUCAAAGCCUGUUUUAUCUUCAUAACGAAAGUGUCAAUAUUUGGAGUCACCUCCUUGGUCUGGUGCUUUUCAUUGUUCUUUCUCUCCACUUUUUCUUGUAUCCACAUUCAUUUGCAGACUCCUUGACCACCUUUGAUUAUGUCUAUUUUUGCAGCUUUAUGGCAGGUGCCAUGCUGUGUCUUGGAUUCAGCAGUGGAUACCAUUGCUUUUGUAGCCAUUCGGAGCUCGUUGCAGCACAAUGGAACAGGUGCGAUUACACAGGCAUCGUGACCCUGAUUGUGGGUUCCUUUUAUCCAGUCCUCUACUAUGGAUUCCAUUGCCAUCCCACUCCACAAGUGGUCUAUCUAGCUGUGAUCACUGCAUUGGGUGUUCUCACGGCGGCUGUCGUGUUGCUCAGGCAUUUCAGGACACCGGCAUAUCGAUGGAUGCGUACAGGGCUCUUUCUUGCUCUUGGUCUUUUUGGUAUUGUUCCUACAUUGCAUGGCAUUUGUUUGUAUGGCAUUGGGACUUCCUUGGAUACCAUCUCUCUGGGAUACCUUGUUGUCAUGGCAGUGUCAUACGUGAGUGGAGCAUUGAUUUAUGCAUGCAGAAUUCCAGAACGAUGGUUUCCUGGCAAAUUUGAUAUCUGGUUUGCAUCCCAUCAAAUCUUCCAUAUGCUCGUUCUUGUUGCCGUGAUUUCUCAUUACCUUGGCGUCAUGCAGGCCAUGACCUAUUGGCAUACCAAUGGUAGCAAAAGUGCAUGUAUCCAGCUGUUCACAUCAUAG